AAGGGAAUGGACAGAGGAAACUGCUCCUCCUUGAGAGAAUUUAUUUUCCUGGGAAUCACUAAUAACGCUGAUAUGAAAGUGACCCUUUUCACCGUGUUUCUACUUGUUUACCUCAUUAAUUUCCUGGGGAACACUGGGAUGAUCAUAUUAAUUAGAAUGGAUUCCAGCCUUCACACACCCAUGUACUUUUUCCUCAGCAACCUCUCUUUCUCUGAUCUCUGCUGCUCCACUGCAGUUGGCCCCAAGAUGCUGGUGGACCUGCUCGCCAACAACAAAUCCAUUUCCUUUGUUGGCUGUGCUCUGCAGUUCUUCACCUUAAUCAUGUUUGUGGACUCGGAGUGCAUGCUGCUGGCGGUGAUGGCCUUUGACCGGUACAAGGCCAUCAGCAGCCCCCUGCUGUACACGGCCCACAUGUCCACCAAGGUGUGUUCACGGUUCCAGUCUUGGAUUUACCUGGUGGCACUGGCAGAUGCUUUGAUAAACACAGUACUCGCCUUCCGCCUGUGUUUCUGUGGGUCUAAUGAGAUGAAUCAUUUCUUCUGUGAUGCCCCUGCUCUCCUUUUGCUGUCUUGCUCAGAGACACAGGUCAAUGAAUGGGUGAUAUUUAUCAUUUUUGGGUUCAUUGAACUGAGCACCAUCUCAGGAGUCCUCAUCUCCUAUUGCUACAUCAUCUUAUCCGUCUUAAAGAUCCGCUCUGCCGAGGGGAGGUUCAAAGCUUUCUCCACCUGCACCUCCCACCUCACUGCAGUCGCCAUUUUCCAGGGAACCAUGCUCUUCAUGUACUUCCGGCCCAGUUCUUCCUAUUCCUUGGAUCAGGACAAAAUGACCUCACUGUUUUACACCCUGGUGAGUCCCAUGCUGAACCCGCUGAUUUACAGCCUGCGGAACAAGGACGUGAAGGAGGCUGUGCAAAAGCUCAGAAGUAAAAGGUGGUUUUGA